AUGGCGAGAGCAGCAGAGGACCCACACCUUGGCUCAGGCCCAGGAGAAGAUGAGGAGUUGUCCCUAAAAGGAGACUCAGAUUCAGACAGUAUUCUCUCAGAUGACUCGGUGAUGCCUGAUCGGCCCAUGGUGCAGAGGGCCAGUGAGGGUCCAGUGUCACGGCUGUACCAGGCCUGUGUCAGGAAUGAGCCCAUGACCCUGAGGAGGAUCCUGGAGAGAGGGGUGACCCGGGACGAGGUGAUGGAGGUUGACGUCAAUGGAUGGAGCGGUCUGAUGGUGGCAUGUUGUAAAGGCUACAUAGACAUUGUUCAUGGACUUCACGGCUGUCCCUUUUUAGAUGUGAACCUCCAGGACAAAGAAGGAAACACAGCGCUAAUGAUUGCGUCUCAGGCAGGUCAUACAAAUACAGUGAUGUACCUCCUGAAUUAUUAUUCAGGACUGGACAUUGAGAUUAAAGACAUCCGCGGGUUCACGGCUCUUAUCAAAGCCACAAUCACCGGGAGGGACGAUAUUGUAGCAGCACUGGUCAUGGCAGGCGCUGAUCUUCACGCCACAGACACGACCAAAGGAAAAUGUGCUCAGGAGUGGGCCCUCAAAACCGGACGCUACGAGACACUGUAUCGUUUCAGGCGACUCACCCUACAACCAAAAGCUGAACAGUUCUGUCCAAGCUUUGUCCCGGAGUGGCCUGAUCUAAAGGAGAAAGUAGCUAAAGCAAUGGCUGAAAAGAGCACAACGCAAAAACUCACCCAAAGUUUAAAGAAUACAUUUGGAUUUCGGUUACCUCGUGACCCAGAAGACAAUGGCGUAAUGGACCAUAUGGUUAGAAUCACAACAAGCAUUCACAGUCCACUGGUUUCAACUGGAUGUCGACCACUUUGUCCAACCAGCCCUCCUCAAAUAGGGAAAAAGCGACAUGCAGUGCCAGAUCUGGUGAAAAAACAUCCAGAAAAAGACUUAGAAACUGCAACUGUAUGCCAUACAAAUGGUUCAGUAUCACACAUGGUACCUUCAAUUCAAUCUGCAGAGUCUAUAGCUACUAAAUGUUGUGCAAAUGGGGACAGGAGAGGUAGUAUGCUGUCUAUGGCCUCUGAUAAGGUCACUUCUACUUUCAUCCCUCGCAGUAUGGCUAGGAGAAAUAGUGUUUUUCCAUCUGGUUGUAUUCCGAAUAUUAGUGUAAGCAGGCCUGCAGAUAACACACCUAAAAAGAAGAAGAAAAAGAAAAAAGAUAAGAGCUAUUUAGAGCCACCGAAGUGGAAGUAUAAAGAACAGAGAGAGGAGAAGAAAAAGGAGGAGAAGAAAAAGAAGAGAGAGGAGGAGGAAAAGAACAAAAAGGAGAAGUCCAAACAGAAGGAGAGUAAAAAGACCAAGAAAUAA